ACAAGACACACCUGAUGAUCUGCAGUUAUACUGUAGAUCACUGAGCCUGUGGCUCAUUCAACAUUGAACUUCAUCAUUGUAUAUUUUACAUUUUUCGAUUUUAUUCAUUUGAGAUUCACAUUUUUGGGAAUAACGAUUGUGGAAGUAAUUCUUUUUGAUUUAAAUGGAUAUAUAACUGAAAAUGAAACUUUGAAGAUGGACUUUGAAAUGAACUUCUAAUGGCGUCUGGAUCUUUUUCUGAGAGGGAUUUGCUUUGUCCAGUGUGCUGCGACGUUUUUAUGAAUCCUGUUCUUCUGUCCUGCAACCACAGUGUUUGUAGAUGUUGUUUACAGAGGUUUUGGGAAAAUAAAACAACUAAGGAAUGUCCAGUUUGCGGGAGGAGAUCUUCCUUGAGUGUUCCUCCAGGAAACUUUGCGUUGAAGAGCCAGUGUGAGACCUUCCUAGAAGAGCAAAGACAAAAAUCUUCAUCAGGGAUCUGCGGCAUUCACAAAGGAAAGCUCAAACUCUUCUGUGUGGAUGAUAGAGAGUCUGUGUGUUUGGUGUGUAGAGACUUUAGAAAACACACAAACCACAGAUUCUGCCCUGUAGAGGGAGCCACGAUGGCAAAUAAGGAGAGACUGAAAGCUGCACUCAAACAGCUAAUAGGGAAACAGUCUAACAGGAAGUCUAAGGAAGACCCACGGGCGGUUCACCAUAAAACCAGCAAACCUGCCGUCCCAGCCAGCACCAUGAAACCAACCUACGACAGAUCUCAGUUCCCUGAACACCAUCCUCAGUACAAGAUCACAGAGACCAUGCCAUGCAACCAAACCAGUCAUCUCACUACCCCACAUAAGGGACACACAAAAAACAAACCUAGGACUUCUGAGAUCCAGAUUGCCCUAAGUGUAAAUAGACAAUCCAGAAAAGGCAGAUCAAUGGUAACAUCACUGAAUCAAUUACAGUUUGUAGCCCUAUGUACUACUGAAAAGACAACUAAAACGUAAUG